AUGGAAGAUUCAGGUCCUAGUACAGUGAAUUCACUACUAGAAACUGAAGAAUUAGGCCAUAGUGUUAAAAUCUAUCAACAAAAAGGUGGUCACAGAGGUUGGAAAUGCAAUUAUUGUAGUGAAAAAAAUUUAUGUGCAUCAGAUUUGAAUAUGAAUACACAUUUAGCUUUAACUUGUCAAAAAGUUCCACUUAAUGUCAAGCAAGAUUGUUUACAAAAUUUUCUAGCACCAAAUAAAAGAAAAAAGAUCGAACAUGAUAUUGCUAGUGGUUUACAACCACAGCCACCUGAUAGAAAAGCUUUGAGCAAUAAUUGGCUUAAUUAUGAAACAACACAUAUUACAAUUAUGAUUAAAAAAGAGCUUCAAAAUGAAGAGAAUCUUACAUUAGCCUUGGAUAGUUGGACAAGUAAUCGUGAAUAUUUUUAUUUUGCUUUUAUAAUUAUUACAUCUGAUAAAAAGCAAUAUGUAUAUUCAAUUAAAGAUUAUUCCCGUAAGUCUCAUACUGCAAUAUUUACAGUUGAUGAGAUUGAGAAAGUUUUAGUAGAUAUUGGUAUUAAUAAAUUCAGUGCAGUUGUAUCUGAUGGAGCUUCAGCAAUGUCACUUGCUAAAAAAUAUAUUUUGGAUAAAUAUCCUAAAAUAUUACUAGUUUGA